CUCUCGUUCUCUACCGCUCUCCUGACACUCCGUGGUCACAGCCCACUGCUAUAACCACUUUCGGGGCUAGGCGCCAGCCUCCAGAAACGCCGCACACGGGGACGCUAAGUGCUUUAACUCUAUAAAGAAAUCAUGCAAAGAAAAACGUGGAUUGUACAUGUAAUUAACGCGUGAGAUCUACCGCAACCAAGACGAUUCGUUUCACAGUGGGGGUGUUGUGUUGAACUAAGACGACGUGGUGGAGAAACGGAGAAAGGAACAUUGUGACAGAAGCAUCACAGAAGAAAAACGCCGCACAGGGUUCAAUGUGUCUGAUCAAUCCGAGCACAGGUCUGUGGAAAUGCAGGAUCUAGCCAGCCCUCACAUCAAAGCCUGUGGAAGCAGUAGUGAGUGUCUCGAUGGUCAGAACGCCAACAGAUCCCAGAUCAGCCACAACCACACAGCGCCAAAUAGCACAGAAGUUAAGAAGGAGCCAAUGAGCAGUCGCAACAUCAUUGUCUCCUUGGCAACAGAGCAGCCUCCGGACAGCCUAUCAGGAUCAGAGAUUGAAAACAGUGGCCUGAGUCCAAGACAAACACAGCAGUUUCCUCCUCAGAUUCACUCCUCAAAUAGGCCCUACCCACAUAUUGUUCCUGCUCCACCAUCAUCCCAAGCGAUGGCAGUAUACGGGCAAACGCAGUAUCCCACAGGAAUCCAGUCAUCCCCGGCAUACCCAAACUAUUCACCCUCGGGACAAGCCUACGGACUCUCGAGUUAUGGUCCGCUAUGGGCAGGCAUAAAAACGGAGGGCGGUCCGCCACACACCACGUCCCCCGGACAAACCAGCCUCUUGAGCUAUGGUUCCAGCUUCAGCACACCCCAGACAGGACAGGCUCCCUACAGCUAUCAAAUGCAAGGGGGAAGUUUUUCGGCGACGGGACUGUACUCAGGAAGCAGCUACCUCUCCAACUCAACUGGAUUCAACGGUGCUCAGCAGGAAUACCCCUCAUACUCCACCUUCAGCCAAGGGCAGUACUCCCACUAUUACAACAGCGGCUCCUACACCUCCUCCCCCUACGGAACGGGGAACACCAGCAGCCCCACCACCCCCUCCUCAACCUCCACCUUCACCCUGCAGGAUGCCACGCCCGCCACGAACGGCCAGGCCCCAACCGACAACCGCCCGGUUGGCGAGUACAGCGUAAUCCAGAGUCAGUCCGCUCGCGUCACAGACUCGGGUUUGGAUCAAAAUGGCCGACCGGCGGAAGGAAAAUCACGCGGGCGGGGCAGGCGGAUCACAAACCCGUCUCCAUCUCUGGACUCGGUCCUGGAGCGCGUUUUCAUCUGGGACCUGGACGAGACUCUCAUCCUUUUCCAUUCCCUCCUCACCGGCUCGUACGCCAACAGAUUCGGGAGAGAUACCUCAACCUCUGUGUCAUUAGGACUUAGGAUGGAAGAACUGAUCUUUAAUCUGGCUGACACACAUCUAUUCUUCAAUGAUUUAGAAGAAUGUGACCAGGUCCAUAUCGACGAUGUAUCCUCAGAUGACAAUGGCCAGGAUCUGAGCGCGUACAACUUCGGCUCGGACGGCUUUCAAACGGCGGCCACCAGCGCCAGCCUCUGCCUGGCCUCGGGAGUGAGGGGCGGGGUGGACUGGAUGAGGAAGCUGGCCUUCCGCUACCGACGGGUAAAAGAAGUCUACACCACGUACAAAAGCAACGUCGCAGGUCUGCUGGGUCCAGCCAAGGGGGAGGCGUGGCUGCAGCUGAGGGCUGAAAUCGAAGCUCUCACCGACUCCUGGCUGACACUGGCACUGAAGGCCCUGACUUUAAUCCAUUCAAGGCCAAACUGUGUGAAUAUUUUAGUGACGACAACACAGCUGAUCCCUGCCCUUGCGAAAGUCCUGCUGUACGGGCUGGGAGCUGCUUUUCCCAUAGAAAACAUCUACAGCGCCACAAAAAUCGGGAAAGAAAGCUGCUUCGAGCGGGUGAUCCACCGGUUUGGGAGAAAAGCCGUUUACAUCGCCGUUGGAGAUGGCGUGGAGGAGGAGCAGGGUUCAAAAAAGCACAACAUGCCAUUCUGGAGAAUCUCCAGCCAUUCGGACCUGGCGGCGCUCCAUCACGCCCUGGAGCUUGAUUACCUAUAGUGCCAUGGCAACCAUCUCCAACGUUGGACUUAACCUGGGAGCCCAUCCUUCAAAAACUGUGGAAACAUUCCCCCUCUUAUUGUGGAACCUGCAUAUAAACCAUGUCUCCUUUGAGUUCCCAUGGCACCCAAAGCCAUAACUAACGUGCCUCGUUUGUUGGUCCAUUUAUUUUCAUCUGAGUGCAUCAUCUGAGGAUAGACUCUUAUUGGUGAGAUGGUUUCACAUAAUGGGCAUCCACAUCACAAGCCCCCAUGGUGACUCGGGAGGCACUGGCUCCCUCCCCUUUUUUUUGCCCCAAAUGGUGGAGGAGGAAUUUGCAGCAGCCCAAUUUGAUGACCUCAUCAAUGUGGGACCGGACUGCUCUCAGAGAAGCUGUCGGAGCCAUUAUAAAACUCCGUUCUCCAGUGCUGUCAAAUGACUGACCGAGGAGCUGGAAUGGCCGGCGCCUCAGUGGAGCUGUGAAGUUCAGCUUCUCCCUUCAGCUUGUGGUCACCCUGUGAAUCGGAGGCACAAGAGCUGCUGAGUCCUGCAUCUGUUAAGGAACUUCUGUUAAGACACCACUUUAACACAUAACAGAAACCCCAGUGAAUCCAUUAAUCUAUCUCUUUAAGAAGGACUUGAAGUGAAUUUUU